AUGCGCUGCUGCUGCAUCCAAUGCACGAGCCACUCUUCAUGCAGGCAGCAGACAGCCUGGACUUAAGGUGUCCUCGUCCUGGUCUUGGUGUCAGACUUCUAUUGGCAGCGACACGGAAGUGAGGGAAACAUUUUGUCAGUCGGACCGGGAUGGUCUUCCGGUGACGGCCUGUGGUACGGCCGGAGCCUGGGACCGGCUCGGUGAAGGGGACACGGGAAUCGUGUAGUCGUUGGUGGCAGACUGAAGGUCGCCGACCUGGGCCAGGAAUGGUGAAUGAGCGUAUGGUGCUGUCAGUUGCAGGGAAAGAGGACGAGCAGUUACUACACUUCAGAAGUACAGUAUUGGCUUUGGAAUAUUGUGUUCUAUAAAGGUUUAAGAAAGUGUCCCAGCCAUGCUGACUUUAGCAAAAAAGUUGAAACGUGAAGAUGGUAUGAAAGGGAGAGGCAACGCAAAUCCAGGGACUGAUUCAUCCCGCCGUGUAUCCAUUCGAGAUAAGCUGCUUGUCAAAGAAGUUGCAGAACUUGAAGCAAACCUACCCAGUACAUGCAAACUGGAUUUCCCUGAUGCAAACAAACUUUAUUUCUUCCAGCUGAAUGUCAUGCCAGAUGAAGGGUAUUACCAGGGUGGCAAGUUCCAGUUUGAAACAGAUGUUCCAGAAGCCUACAAUAUGGUGCCUCCCAAGGUAAAAUGUUUAACCAGAAUUUGGCACCCCAAUAUUACUGAGACAGGAGAAAUCUGUUUAAGCUUGCUGAGGGAACACUCGAUUGAUGGCACAGGCUGGGCUCCAACCAGGACUUUAAAGGAUGUGGUGUGGGGACUGAACUCUUUAUUUACUGACCUCUUGAACUUUGAUGAUCCCCUGAAUAUCGAAGCUGCAGAGCAACACCUGCGUGACAAGGAGGAUUUUCGGAGUAAGGUGCAGGAUUAUAUUAAACGCUUUGCAAGAUGAUCAUGUGAGCUGUCUAAUGGGACACUACUUCAAGCAGUGGAAGCCAAGACUUCUGCCUUCUGAUGUCGAUCGUCAAUUAAACACUGGAUUACAGCAGUCCAGUAUCACUGUUGUUAUGAAGAGAGGCUGUUGGUGCUAUUUGAAUUCAGCAUCAGUAAAGCAAGUGAUGAGCAACUUUGGGCUAAGAUUCAAGAAAAUUUACUCUUAUUGUGGCAAAAUAGUCAGGUUUUCUUCAAUUAUAAGGAUUGAACAGAGCACCUGGAGUCUAUCUCUUUACUGUUGAAUCACAAAGGACAGCUUUUCUAGUGUAAUCUGGCAUGGUUUGGAAACCACAAUAUUUUGCAACAAAAUGUCUUAAGGCAAAAGUGUUUGAAGCAUUAACAGCAUGUGGCUUGCAAAUAUUAAACAACCGUGGAAAACACAGAGAUGUUGUCUGUCAUCGGGAGGGGCUCUGCCUUAAACUGGACACACUUCUUGAUCCCAUAGCUCCUGUUUGGUCAAUUAAUGGAUAAAGUGUGUCUGUUGCAACUGUUGGUUGUUUGAAAAUUGUAACUCCCUACAUGAAAUUAAGGUUCUAUUUGUGUGAAAUAUAUAGCAUACCUAUCAGUA